AUGGCAGACAGCACCAGCUACUGGAGUAGUGCAACAACCAUGGCUGUCUCUGGAGAACCUUUGCGCAUGGUCCUCCUUGGUAAGACAGGGGUUGGCAAAAGUGCCACAGGAAACACCAUUCUGGGUAGGAAGGCCUUUGUGUCUGAAGUCAGAGCCUCAUCUGUUACCAAGGAAUGCACAUCUCAAACAGAAGUAAUCAACCUACAAAGAAUUACAAUCAUUGACACACCUGGGUUAUAUGACACAUCAAUGUCUCUUGACUUUAUUGUGCAAGAAACUAUGAGAGGCAUGAAGCUGGUAGCUCCUGGUCCUCAUGCGUUUCUUCUUCUGCUUGAUGUGAGGCGUCACACUGAAGAGGAAAGAAACACUGUCAAGAAAUUUCAAGAAAUCUUUGGUGAUGAUGUGUGCCAGCAUAUGAUUGUAGUGUUCACUCAUGGAGACGAUCUUGAGUUUGAUGAAAAACCCAUAGAUGACUACAUCCGUGAGGCUGGACCUGAUCUUCAUCAGCUGUUAUCAUCAUGUGGAUGGAGGUAUCAUGUUUUUAACAACAGGUUAAAGGACCGCAACCAGGUAUUCAACUUUCUGCAGACAGUUAACAAGAUGGUGAGAAAUAACAAUCAUAGCUACUAUAGCUAUGAACUGUUUACAACUGCAGAGGCUCUGAAAGCGGCAAGAGCAUCUGAAAAAGAGAUAGAAAUGAGAAUGGCAGAAUUGGAGUAUAAAGUGCGGAAACUGCAGCAUAAAACCAACCUAUGCAUUAUACUGUAGUGGAGAAUAUAUGAUAAUAUGAUAAACAAGACAAAAUCAGAUAAUAUAAAAUAAAUAGUAGUGCAUUCAUUUUCAUUUUGAAAGGCUUGAAGUACAAUAUUUCUGCAUAUAAUACCUACUGAUAACCUUUUUGUUGGGAAUUAUGAAGGUCUUCCUGUCUAAAUAUAUUGAUAUCAAGUGUUCAUUAAAGCAUUGAUAUUUCUGUUUCUGUUUCUUUUAGCA